AGCGACAGAGGAGCCCGGCCGCUCACUGCGCCCGCCCGCCCGAGCCCGCACCGCCGCCCGCUCCUCUGGGAUGUCCGGAGGACCCAGGCGUCCUGGACGGUGACCGAGCGAGCCCGAGGAUGAGACGGCGUCCGCAGCUCCUGCUCGUCAAGGCCCUUCUCCUCCUGGGGCUGAACCCCAUCUCUGCCUUCCUCCAGAACCAGCACUGUGACAGCCAGUCCCCAGCCAACAACAUCUCUGGACUGCAGUGCAAUGCAUCCGUGGACCUCAUUGGCACCUGCUGGCCCCAGAGCCCCGCAGGGCAGCUGGUGGUUCGACCCUGUCCCGCCUAUUUCUACGGUGUCCGCUACAACACCACAAACAACGGCUACCGGCAGUGCCUGGCCAACGGCAGCUGGGCCGCCCGCGUGAACUACUCGGAGUGCCAGGAAAUCCUCAGCGAGGAGAAGAAGAACAAGGUGCACUACCAUGUUGCUGUCAUCAUCAACUACCUGGGCCACUGUGUCUCCCUGGUGGCCCUCCUGGUGGCCUUUGUCCUUUUUUUGCGGCUCAGGAGCAUCCGGUGCCUCAGAAACAUCAUCCACUGGAACCUCAUCUCGGCCUUCAUCCUGCGCAAUGCCACGUGGUUCGUGGUCCAGCUCACCAUGAGCCCCGAAGUCCACCAGAGCAACGUGGGCUGGUGCAGGUUGGUGACAGCCGCCUACAACUACUUCCAUGUGACCAACUUCUUCUGGAUGUUUGGGGAGGGCUGCUACCUGCACACGGCCAUCGUGCUCACGUACUCCACUGACCGGCUGCGCAAGUGGAUGUUCAUCUGCAUUGGCUGGGGUGUGCCUUUCCCCAUCAUCGUGGCCUGGGCCAUUGGCAAGCUGUACUACGACAAUGAGAAGUGCUGGUUUGGCAAAAGGCCUGGGGUUUACACCGACUACAUCUACCAGGGCCCCAUGAUCCUGGUCCUGCUGAUCAACUUUAUCUUCCUUUUCAACAUCGUCCGCAUCCUCAUGACCAAACUUCGAGCAUCCACCACAUCUGAGACCAUUCAGUACAGGAAAGCUGUGAAGGCCACUCUGGUGCUGCUGCCCCUCCUGGGCAUCACGUACAUGCUGUUCUUCGUGAACCCUGGAGAGGAUGAGGUCUCCCGGGUCGUCUUCAUCUACUUCAACUCCUUCCUCGAGUCCUUCCAGGGUUUCUUCGUGUCUGUGUUCUACUGUUUCCUCAACAGCGAGGUCCGCUCUGCCAUCCGCAAGAGGUGGCACCGAUGGCAGGACAAGCACUCGAUCCGUGCCCGGGUGGCCCGCGCCAUGUCCAUCCCCACCUCCCCAACCCGUGUCAGCUUUCACAGCAUCAAGCAGUCCACAGGGGUCUGAGCUGGAAGGCCGUGGAGCAGCCCCUGCAUCUGU